GCGUCUGCCAAAAAGGAACAGCUCUGAGCCCCGCCUUUGAUCUUGUUGGCGGGGCUAAGGGAUAAGAACUGCAUCGCGCGGGACAAGUCGCCGGCGGCGCCUAACGGAGCAGAAGUGACAGCAUGGAGCUGGAGAGGAUCGUCAGUUCAACCCUCCUUGCUUUUGUGCAGACACACCUCCCAGGGGCGGAUGUCAGUGGCUUAGAUGAGGUCAUCUUCUCCUAUGUGCUUGGGGUCCUGGAGGACCUGGGCCCCUCAGGGCCCUCAGAGGAGAACUUUGAUAUGGAUGCCUUCACAGAGAUGAUGGAGGCUUAUGUGCCUGGCUUUGCUGACAUCCCUAGGGGCAUAAUAGGGGACAUGAUGCAGAAGCUCUCGGUGCAGCUCAGCGAUGCUAGGAACAAAGAGAACCUGCACCCACAGAGCUCCUGUGUCCAAGGUCAGGUGCCCAUUUUUCCAGAGACCCUGAGGCAACCCGAAAAGCUCAAAGAAGAGACCAGGUCUUCUGCUGCUACUGGGGACACCCAAGAUGAGGCAGCUGGUGCUGAGGAAGAACUUCUGCCGGGAGUAGAUGUACUCUUGGAGGUAUUCCCUACCUGUUCUGUGGAGCAGGCCCAGUGGGUGUUGGCCAAAGCUCGGGGGGACUUGGAAGAAGCAGUGCAGAUGCUGGUAGAGGGCAAGGAAGAGGGGCCUCCAGGCUGGGAUGGCCCAAAUCAGGACUUGCCCAGGCGCCUCAGAGGCCCCCAAAAGGAUGAAUUGAAGUCCUUCAUCCUUCAGAAGUACAUGAUGGUGGAUAGUGCAGAGGAUCAGAAGACCCACCGGCCCAUGGCUCCCAAGGAGGCCCCCAAGAAGCUGAUCCGAUACAUUGACAACCAAGUAGUAAGCACCAAAGGGGAGCGAUUCAAAGAUGUACGGAACCCUGAGGCCGAGGAGAUGAAGGCUACGUACAUCAACCUCAAGCCAGCCAGAAAGUACCGCUUCCACUGAGGCCCUGGCUGGACUCUGCUGAGCCUUCCAGAUCCCAGAGGGAUGCAGAAACCCUCCCGCCCACCCACCGUCCCCUCUCUGUUGCUCUAGUGUUAAUCUGGUCUUGGAGCUGCCUUGUGAGCACAGUAAAGGUGGUCCAAGGAA